GGAGAGCAACAGCGUGCCGGUAACAACCAGCCCCGCAUCCCCUCCCUCCAUACCCCAAGCUAGGAUUUUUAAUCCCCACUUCUCCCUUCACAGCCCGGGACAAGACUUCCAUUCCUUCGUCUGUUGCUGGUAUUUUUUUUUCCUCACGUGACGCGAGGGGCCGCCCGCUGCCUGGGGCGGAGGUUACUGGGAAGCUCCCGCCUUCCGACCCCUGCGGGCCCGCGGUUGAGAGGGACCCUCCCGGGGCUCUUUUGCCCUCACCGGGGCUCGUGCUCGCUUUAGGCGCUCGCCCCAAAUGAUCCUGGCGGAAAGGACGUGCUUUUUCUGGGUUUCAACAGAGACGGAAUUUUGCUGUGUUGUCCAGGCUGGUGUCGAAAUCCUGAGCUCAAGUGGUCUGCCUGCCUCGGCUUCCCAAAGUGCUGGGAUUACAGGUGAGGCUGUUGUCAGGAACUUUUAUACAGUUCGCCUUCAGAGACAGUCUAUCUGCAUGUUGUGGAGUUUUAUUACUAAGAAAAUAAAUGUUACUUAUAUGAUGGUUUUACUCAGCAUUUGGUGUGGUGGAUCUUACAUAAACCUUUAGAACUUACAUUAGAGUGUUCAAGUCUUCUGAGACUCCAGAGUCACCUAAGAAAAACUCCAAGGCCUGACUGGUAAAUAUGGAGGGACCCCUCAAGUUGGAAAAUCAUCUGUUUUGCAACCAUCACAGUAAAGAUGGAAUCAGAGAAGAAUAAUCAAAUUUAGGAUGCUACCUGGUUUUGAUGAGGAAGCAGAAAAUUUGCAUGCUUUUAAAGUGAUACCCCACACACCGCUUAUUAAUUGCAAAGGAGAAAAUACAUAGUAAUUAUACAGUAGAAAAAUUGGACAAUACUUGGACUGGAUGAUCAAAGUUAAGAGCAUCACUGAAGGACAGGUGGAAAUCAUGUGCCUAAAGAUGUGAUGCCCUGAGGACACAUCACCACCAUGAAGUGUUCUGGCUGAAAAUGUGUAACCUCAGUCUCAUCAUGGGAAGACAUCAGACAAACCUUACAUAAGGAGCAUUCUCUUAAAAAAUAGAGUGGGGGCCAGGCGCGGUGGCUCAUGCUUGUAAUCCCAGCACUUUGGGAGCCUGAGGCGGGCGGAACACAAGGUCAGGAGUUCGAGACCAGCCUGGCCAAUAUGGUGAAACCCUGUCUCUACUAAAAAUAUAAAAAUGAGCCGGGCGUGGUGGCAGGCGCCUGUAGUCCCAGCUACUCACUCGGGAGACUGAGGCAGGAGAAUCACUGGAACCUGCGAGGCGGAGGUUACAGUGAGCUGAGAUUGUGCCACUGCACUCCAGCCUGGGUGACAGAGUAAGACUCCGUCACAGAAAAAAAAAAAUAGAGUGGGGAGGGGAGCUGUUCUCCCAAAAUGUCAAUGUCAUAAAUGACAGCUUUCACUGUGGAGGUGUUCUAGAAUGUCGGAGGCUUAAGACACCUGGCAAUUAAAGGCACUACCUGACCCUAACUGGAUCCUGUAUGGAAAGGGAAAUAUUCUAUAAAGGACAUUACAGGAUCGCUUGGCAAAAUUGGAUUACUUAUGUUAAAUGAAAGUAUUAUAUUAGUGUUAAAUAUGCUGACAUUGAUAACUGUAUUGUGGCUGUGUAAGAGAAUAUCCCUAUUUAUAGGAAAUAUAGUAUACUUUGAAGUAUUUAGGGCAAAGGGCCAUGAUGUCUGUAAUUUGCCCUCAAAAAUAUUCAGGAAAAAAACUGCAUGUAUGUGUAUGUAAAGAGAAGAAGAGGAGGAGGAAUAUGCAUGAUUGCAAAUGAUAAAUGAAGUGAAAUAUUAACCAUAGGUGAAUAUGGGUAAACGGUAUAAGGGUACUAUUUGUAUUAUUUUUACUUUUGUAACAUCUAUAGGUAUGAAAUUAUUCCCAAAUAAAAUGUUAAGACAAUAUAUAUAGUUUAGCUAUGGUGCAUUCUGAUGAACUAACAAAUACAGAAUUUGUUCUAGAAGAAUGAAUAGUUAGUAUGCCUAUUAGGCAGUUUCUCUCAAAUAUCAGAUGUCUCAUGUGAGUCUUCGGUAAAUACUGGAUUAAAUCAAUUCAUGGUUGAAUUACCCAGUGAGUGCCUUAAGUGCCAGUACUCAGUUGUUGAUUGAAGAGGGGUCCAUAUGUUUUAGAUACCAAAUAUGGGACAAAAAGCAUUGACGUUCUGUUGUGAAAAUAUGAAAGCCCAAUUUAUUUUGUGCUUGUUCAAUUUCUCAUGAAGAUGCAUCAGAGAGGUACUUAAAGGAAGUUACCAAUAUUUUCUCUCAGGGAGCCGUGGAAACUGUAGAAGCAAUUGGACAGAUGCUCAGCUAAGAAGUCGCUCACAUCAUUGACAUCAAUGACAUAAAGAAAAACAUCAAGGAAUACUACGAAGGACACUUGGAAAGCUGAUUGCUGAAUAUUUGCCAGCACACUGCUGGUCAUGGCACAAUCGAAAUCAUUGCUUUGAUUGUGGUGGUGCCAUGCAGCAAGAAGCAGAGAGAUGCAUAGUUCGAGCCAGAAGGCCUGACAUGGCACUUUAUGUACCUAAAGCUCGUAGGGGUGCAGUACUCCUUAAGACAGGUGAUGAAGAAGAAAGCUGUGGUUCACCUAACUAUGUGGUGAAAGAAAAGCAAAAAGAAAGUUCUCUCUCCCAAAAAGAAGUCUUCAGAGACAAACCAGAGGCUCGAAGACUAAGUAUCAAUCCUGAUAGAAAGGAGCAUAAUUGUAGACAAGGAAAGAAAUCUUCAACAAAAUUAAGAAUGGACACAUGCCUUCAAAAAACAAAUAGAGUUUGUUCUAAGAGAGGAACCACUGAAUCCAAAGAAGUAUUAUCCCAAGGACAACAGCAGGGAGCCCCAAAUGCUGGGGUUAUAACUAAUGCACCUUUACAGAAACAUUUUAAACCAAAGAAGGUGGAGUGUUUGGAAGUUGACACAGAUGUGACAGGACAUGAGAGGAUACUUCUUUCACAGGCCUGUUCAGAAAUCAGUGAGGCUCAAGUUCCAAGCAAACCAUUCCAAAAUGUGGAAUUCUGUGACUUCAGUAGGCAUGAACCUGAUGGGGAAACAUUUGAAGACAAAGAUUUGGAAGGCAGAAUUGAAACUGAUACCAAGGUUUUGGAGAUACUAUAUGAGUUUCCUAGAGUUUUUAGUUCUGUCAUGAAACCUGAGAAUAUGAUUGUACCAAUAAAACUAAGCUCUGAUUCUGAAACUAUACAACAAAGCAUGCAAACAUCAGAUGGAAUAUUGAAGCCCAGCAGCGGAGGCAUCACCACUACUUCUGUUCCUGGAAGUCCAGAUGGUGUUUUUGAUCAAACUUGCGUAGAUUUUGAAGUUGAGAAUGUAGGUGGUAUAGCUAAUAGUACAGGUUUCAUCUUAGAUCAGAAAGAUACAGAUUCCAUUCCUGAAACUAUGGGUCACAUCUCUCUGUCAGAGAGCACAAAUGACACUGUUAGUCCAGUAAUGAUUAGAGAAUGUGAGAAGAAUGACAGCACUGCUGAUGAGUUACAUGUAAAGCAUGAACCUCCUGAUACAGCUGUCCUUGCUCAUGAAACACAUAGAGAUAAUGGAUUUAAGAAUGAAGGUGACAUUACCAAUAGAGCAUGUAUGAUGGACACUACAGGUAUGUCCUGUAGUGAUCAUGUAACUGUUGAUAGCCCUUAUGUAGUUGCAGUUAGAAUAGCUGAUGAGACCUCUAUUAAUACACGAAGUUUCUCAAAGUUUAUAGGAAUGAGUACAGAUGCAACCCCUCUUCAUGUAGCUAGAAGUGGAAAUGACACUAAAAAUUUCAGCAACCUGACUGCUUGCUCAGAUAUUUAUGCUGAGAGUAUUUCAUCUCGUUUUACAGAGUCAACAGGAAAGUUGAUAGAGAGCUUGUCAGAUUGUGCUUCCUCCUUACCUAUAAAAAAGAUUGCUGAUAGUAAUUAUAACACUCUUUUGGACUCUGAACUCAGUAUGUUAAAUGGGACAAAAGUUCUUUUAGACAGUGCCGUGGCCAUUGAUCUGGGUAGUACUGGUGAUACAACAGAAGCAUUGCACGAGCUAAGAACUGCCGAAGAGUUCAAAACAAAAGAGCAAGAUGACUCAGAGAAUAUAGAAUUUGGUGUAUCUUUUCCUGAUAGGGAAUCAUUGUCUAUGGAAACAUCCAUCGAACCAAAAGCAACUGAAACUUCUCACACAGAGGGAAUUACUGCCGUUGAGGAGAGCUGGGAGUCUAUGUUUAACGACGAUGGUGACUGCCUGGAUCCACGUCUUCUACAAGAGUUAUCAGGGAAUACGAAGAGCAGAGAGAGCAUCCAGGAACCUAGAUUUGAUUACUACAACCAUGAAGUUCCCGAUAUUGACCUCAGUGAUUGUGAAUUCCCACAUGUCAUUGAAAUUUAUGACUUUCCCCAAGAAUUUCGUACUGAAGACCUUCUACGGGUUUUCUGCAGUUAUCAAAAGAAAGGAUUUGAUAUUAAAUGGGUGGAUGAUACACAUGCCCUAGGAGUAUUCUCCAGUCCAAUUACAGCUCGUGAUGCGUUGGGUAUUAAACACACCAUGGUGAAGAUUCGUCCCUUGUCACAGGCCACAAGAGCAGCUAAGGCCAAAGCUAGAGCUUAUGCUGAGUUCCUCCAGCCAGCAAAGGAGCGUCCUGAGACUUCAGCAGCCCUAGCCAGAAGGUUAGUCAUCAGUGCCCUUGGGGUUCGAAGCAAGCAGAGCAAAACCGAACGAGAAGCAGAGCUCAAGAAACUGCAGGAAGCCAGAGAGAGAAAGCGGUUGGAAGCCAAGCAACGGGAAGACAUCUGGGAAGGCAGAGACCAGUCUGCAGUUUGAACAUCACUCAAUGAAAGGGAUAAUUCCAUGAAUCAGAAAAUGUUUCAACAGCCUUCAGAUAAGAGGAUCCUUCCAGAGCUCUGUGUACAUGCAGAUGUGCAUGUUAAAGAGAUAAAGUGAUCGAGACAAGGACUGACUGGGUAAAGAAGGAAGACAGACUCCUGUCUUCACUCCUAAAUGCAGUUCUUUGGAAUCACCCUACUGUGGUGGGCGUAGUAGGGAGCCAUCAGCUAGGAAGAAACGUGGGAGAUGUGAAUUCCAAGAGUUCCCUGGACAGGGCAAGUCAUGUUAGCGUGGGUCACACUUCCAAGAUAUUUAAAGCAAAUACAAAACAGAACAGAGGAUUCAAACCGCAAGUAUGGGAGAUUUAGGCCCUGCAGAGGCAGAGCAUUCCUUAGUAUCUCACAAAACAGAGUAAUACCGGAGGCAGAGUAGGGGGUGGGUAGAGAGCAGUUAGUACAAAGAGGCAGAACAGUGUCUGGUUUACUUGGCAUACACAGAAUCUGCACUGCCGGUUCCAGAACUCCAAAGUUGGUGAACUACAGGAGAUGUGGGUAUUUAGACUCCGAAGUUUAUACUGAGCUCAGUGCCUGGGACCGCUCCAGCUACAUUGCAGCCAGGGGGGAUACCCGCUUCAUUCCUCAGAGUAAACCAACCUUGGGAGCUGUGUGCUAGUUCCAGUGUAAGCAGUAAUACCAUGUUGUAAGAGGGAACAUUAAAGCCCAUUUUAUGACAUAUA